AUGUGUACUUACACUGGUGGUGAAAAAGAUUCACUUCGUCACAACUCUGCACAAUUAAGUGAUGAAGCAGUAAAUGAAAUGGUUAAGUCUCUUCUGAAUGAAGACCCGGAAGAUUGUGUUAAAGCUAAGUCUGAAUUUUGGAAAGCGGAGUAUGAUCAUGAGGCUGCUAAGAAGGCCAGGGCUGCCAAAAAAGCCGCUAAGAAAACCGCCAAGAAGACCACCAAGAAGAAGAAGAAACCGAGCGCCUCUGACCUGCUCAAACUGGAUGAUACCUCUGAGCUGACAUGGGAGCCAGCCAAGCAGCUGAAGAAGAGUGGUCAAGCAAAGCCUAACAAGAAGGCGAAGGUGACCAAGCCAACUGAGGCACCUAAAAUUGCUGAACCAGAACAACAAGUCCCUACACCUGAAGCUUCUAACAAACAGCCGGAAGAAACUGCCACUGACCCUCUGCCUGAAAUUUCUGACCUUUCCCGUGAUCAUACGGAUGCUACUCCUGUAUUCCCUGAGUCAUCCAAUCCAUUUAAGCCGCCAAAAGAACAUGGUGAAGAUGUUAUCAUUACUGGCACCGGCUUCAAAGAACCGGGACAUCCAACCGUCUUAGCCAAGCACUCCGCAAAAGAUGAGGAUGCUACUGCUGAACUGGAGUCUCAAUUGAUUGACGCCAAGACCCGGCUAGCGACUCAGGAAACUAAGACUCGGAAAGCUGAGUCAAAGUUCCAGUUUAGCGUGGCUAAGUCAGAAAAGCUGAAGAUCAAUUUUGAGGCGGAGAAAAAGACUUGGGCUGAAGAAAAGACUGCUUUAACACAGCGGGCUGAGAAAGCAGAGGCAGCUCUUCACGAGGUGACCACUGAGCUCAGUGGCUUGAAACGCCGUGUAUCUCAGAUGGUUUCUGCCAUCUUUGGUCCCAGGAGCAGCAAUCUGAAUCAAGACAUGCUUGUGAAGCUCAAGGCUGUCUAUACUCUUGUCGAGCAGCUAUUUAAGGAAAUGAAAUGA